AGCGCCGUCCUCACGCGAGAGCAAGCCUGGAGACCGGAAGUGGCAGCAACUCCGGAAGUACCCUCCGCUUCCCGCUGGUCCGAACGCUUGUGUUGUUGCGCUGCCCCGAGGGGUGCGCCGGUGUCAGCCAUGGACGAUACGCUGUUCCAGUUGAAGUUCACAGCAAAGCAGCUGGAGAAGCUCGCCAAGAAGGCAGAAAAGGACUCCAAAACUGAGCAGGCCAAGGUGAAGAAGGCACUGCAGCAGAAGAAUGUGGAGUGUGCCCGGGUAUAUGCAGAGAAUGCCAUCCGAAAGAAGAAUGAGGGUGUGAAUUGGCUGCGCAUGGCGUCCCGAGUGGAUGCAGUAGCCUCCAAGGUGCAGACAGCUGUGACCAUGAAGGGGGUGACCAAGAACAUGGCCCAGGUCACUAAAGCCCUGGACAAAGCCCUGAGCUCCAUGGAUCUGCAGAAGGUGUCUGCAGUGAUGGAUAGGUUCGAGCAGCAGGUGCAGAACCUGGAUGUACACACAUCGGUUAUGGAGGACUCCAUGAGCUCAGCCACCACGCUGACUACACCCCAGGAGCAGGUGGACAGCCUUAUCAUGCAGAUUGCCGAGGAGAAUGGGCUCGAGGUGCUGGACCAGCUCAGCCAGCUGCCCGAGGGCGCCUCAGCUGUGGGCGAGAGCUCCGUGCGCAGCCAGGAGGACCAGCUGUCACGGAGGUUGGCUGCCUUGCGGAACUAGCUGCUCACUGUGCUGUGACAUCCUGCACUAUGACAUCUCAGAGGCACUUGUCUCCACCCUUGCCCUCCUUGCCCUGCAGAGCUGUAACCACCACCUUGCUGCUCCUCUCACCACCAGGCCUGACAGCCUCCGAGCUGAUCCUGUCUCUCUUGUAUUGGAGCUGGGCUAUGUCUUGUAAUUGAGGCAGCAUAGACUUGUGUGUGGGUGAUGUCCGUGACCCUGGGCCAGCAGCAGGGAAGUCACUAGGCUCCCUGCACCCCCUGUUGUGGCCAUGACUGCAGACCUGCUGCUCCCUGCAGCUGAAGGGGUCGCAGCUACCCUGCUCUUGGGCAGCUCCCUGACCCCCUCUUCACUGCCCUGCAGGAGGGGAGGUAGACCUCUGUGUGUGAGAGAUGUUGAGUGCCACCAACACUGUCCUUGGGCCUUUGUGGAAGGUGCCCUGCCCCUUCUCCGUUAAUCCAGGCUAGGCCCAUCCACAGCUGCCAGUGGCUGAGCCUGCUUGGCCUCCUGCCCUUGCUCCUCAGUUCUGCAAGGUGUCUAGUCCACAGGGACAGAGCCAUUGCCUGGGCCCUCAUCCUCUUGUGGCUCCUCUGGAGGUGCCUUGGGCCACUAGGCUGAGCUCUGCAUUGCCUGUGUCACUGACCAGAAUCUGGGCUCCUGUGGCAGCCCCGCCUCUUCCUGGUGCCUCUCUGUGAUGCCACUAUGUGUCUGUCCUGCAUCUGUAAAUGACAGGUGCCAUGGGCUGUGACCCGCCUAUUCCUGAGCUUGGAAGCCAGUCCCUGGCAAUGUGGUCCCUGGGGCUCUGUGAGGACAGCCUGCCAUGUGAGGGUCAGCCAGGGGGACUAAGGGCUUCCAGCACAACCUGCUGUAUUUGUUUCUUUUUUUCUGUUUCUGGAAGUUUACUUCAUGUUCUUUAACUCCCAGGGUUUUGUUUUUGCCAAAGUAGAAAGCAGGUGGCCCGCAUGUGUGGGGUCCACCCGAGUGGCACUAGUUCAUGGACUUUUUCUGAACAUGGUUGGUUCUUUCUGUCUGGACCUGGAAGCCGAGGUGGUAGGGGGAGGGGAAACUGGUGAGGCCUAGGUGUGGGGGUCCAGGUGCUGUCUGGCGGUGGCCCUUCCAGACUCCCCACAUAGUGUCGUGUGGGGUGCUGGCCAGGUAGGAGUAUAGGGGCAUCAAGGAGGGCAGUGUGGUCACCCUCAUCCUGAAGUGCUGUGAAAGUAAAUAAGUUGAUUGUUGAAAA